CUGCGCGGACCGCUCAAAGAGGAUGUCAAAUUCCGUGACGCAGUCUUACAUGUUCACCAAUAACGACUGUACUAACCAAAAGGAUCCGCUUCUCCUUUAUCGAUCUCUUACUGUUCGACGGCUAUAAAGCAAGUAGGCGAACCUUGUUGCUUACUAUUCGUUUCUUGGUACAGAGGCAUGAGCGUAGAGGAAGCAAGUUCCCCGUGCCUUCCGUUGGACAUUCUCCAGGAAGUAUUCGAAUAUGCCGCCAGGGUAGACAGACAAAUCGCGUUGAAUUUGGUUCAGGUAUCUAGCUGGGCUCAGGAAUGGUGCGUACUAUCGAUCCUUGACGAUGUCUCCAGCUCACACUACCAUAGGGUCGACCCAAUACUCUACCAAGUCGUCAGCCUUCGCCGCGAAAGCACCAUUCGAAACUUUCUCCGCACCAUCGAGACCGCCAAAAGUCAACAAUUCUUCCUUGACCACGUAAAAUCUCUCUGUUUCUCCGUCGACAUCCAUUCCGAAACCGAUCGCACUGUCAAAAUACUAGCUGCCUGCGCGCGUGUAACCCAUCUAACCAUAUUCUUCGUACCGACCUCGCAAAUCCCGACGCACUGUCAUCCGAGCUGCCAUUCGCCUGAACGACUUGGGACAGCUGUUUCACAACUACGGCCCACACAUUUAUCGGUAUCGUUUCCUACGAUACUACAUGGGUUCUAUCCAGAACUGAACCUCCCCUUCUAUUCCCGGUUAACGCACCUUUCUAUAAUCAACGACUCCACGGACUGGACGUCGUGGUCCGGGUUUCAUUCCCUUUCGAAUCUCACACAUUUAGCACUUGAUGUUCGAGCCGAGCCGCAGCCCAUAGACCCGGACAAGGCAUCGCGAAUAUGUAGCACCGUAGCCUUGAUUCUGCGGCAUUGCACAAGUUUACGUGUCUGUGUGCUGCUACUUUUGUUUACGCCUGAUCCCCGUCAGACCCGGGAUGCUAUUGCGCGAUGGCAGGGCACGGAGGAUGGAAGACUCAUUUUCCUGCGAGAGACGCAGCCUUUUAGGGACAGAGAUGCGAGGGAGGAGCGUGUUCUUUGGGACAAGGCCGAGAGUGCGAUGGCUAGGCAACGGUCAAGUUCCUUGUCUGUCGUAAUAGACUUGUGAAUGGCAAUUGCCGUAUGGUCUGCGGCUUGUAGUCCGCGGAGAACGAGGACAUCGUUGCUGUACCGUUCAGCCGUAUCUGAUCGUUCUUUGCUUCGCUUCGAGUUUC